GAGAGCUCAAAUACAUAUCGAGUCUUAGCCACAAUAAUAUUAUAACAUUAUAUGGCAUCAGUGUGGAUAAUGAUUAUAGAGUUCUUCUAUUAUAUGAGUUUGCGCAUUGUGGAUCACUUGACAAUAUGCUGCAUGGAAAUAAAGGAAGUUUGGACUACUCAUAUACAGACGCCUUGAAUUGGAUGCAUCAAUUGGUCAAGGGAAUGGCAUUUAUGCAUGACAGGAAUAUUGUUCAUCGUAAUUUGAAGCCAUCAAAACUGCUAUUUGUGCACAAUUUUCAAACAGUAAAAAUUGGUAGCUCGAGCUGCAUGACUGAAGUCUCUACUCAGAUGACUUUCGCAACUGAUCUACCCGUUUAUAUGGCCCCAGAGGUCUUAAAUGGUCAGACAUUCACGAAGAGCUGCGAUGUCUAUAGCUUUGGAACUAUACUGUGGGAGGUCAUGUCAAGAAAAAGACCCUUUGCCAAUAAAGGCUAUCCACUCAUUCGUUAUCUAGUUUUGAAAGGAACCCGUCCUGACCUGAAUGAUGCUAACAUUUUUGUUAGAAAUUCCAGUCCCAUCAAAUAUUUGAUCAACAAGUACUGGGAUAACAUGUCUAGAGAUUUCCAACCGAUUAAUAAUUUGAUAUCCAAGUGCUGGGACUCAAAUCCACAGGAGAGACCUACUAUGAAUGACUUAAUUGUGUCUCUUGGCAACAUAUUAACGGGUUUUCCAAUAGGGACAUAACAAUAACAAAAUAAAUAAGAUUGUUUAGAUCUGUUUAGCGACGUGUUCACCGCACUUUUUUUUAAAGAUAA